AGCGAGCCGCGAAGAUACGUUCUCUGUGCAUUAGUUAAUAAUCAUGAGCGACCAAUCAACAAAUACGCGAAGGAUAUAUCUAACGGUCGAGGAAAUUUUGGCAGAAAAGAUUUAUAUCUGCUCGUUCGACAACUGCUAUACGAUGUUGCACAACUUGGCCAAUUUGCAGAUGCAUCUCACACGACAUCACAAAGCACCCGCAUUGAAUCUGCAGUCGUUGAGUAAUGCUGCUGUAUCUGAGCACAAACUUUUCUACUGCCCCAGCGUAAGCUGUCCGUACCAUCAGACUGCCGAAGAAAGUAGCAACGGUGCGCGCCAUUUCAGUUCUCUACGCUCACUGAAGCAACACUACCUGAAGGUGCACGGUGAGCGAAAGCACCGUUGUGAGCCAUGCGGAAAAUCAUUCGCUACCGAGAGCUACCUCCGUCAUCACCGGUUAUCAUGUGGUCAGAAGUUUAAUUGCGCGCAUUGUACAUACUCGUACGGUUCCAGGGAAGCAUUGCUGACACACGCCAAGCGGAAGCAACACGGUUACGAAGAAUUACUUUCGGCAAAGAAGCCAAAUCGUGUAAAACCUGCGAAACCAUCUGCAACUAAUUGUGUGAGCACCGGAACACAAACCUUAUCGGAGCGGUCGGAAAGCAGAACGACACAAACGAUUGAUUUAUCUAGGAUCAUCGUUGAACGACGAGAAGAUGUCCUGGGGCUCCCCGUUGAUGCUGGUACGACUGUACAAACUAACAAUGUUUCUCAGGCGAUCGAAGCCGUAGAACCUCUGAUCCCCGUCGUUUGUACCGAAACGCAAACCGACUUCAUCGAUGUAAUGUUUGCAAACACGGAAAACCGUCAUGAUCCGCUGCUAUCCUAUGCCCACAUGUACACGCAGACAUCCGACGAGCCGGGACUGUUUGCGGAUCUGGGAUUGUCUACGACUGAAACACAAACGAGCUGGAACGAGGAAACGGAAACAUUCGGUGACUAUCUUGUGUCGACGGAAACGCAAACCAAUUUUGACAUCGAUAGCUUCGAUUGUGCCAGUAACAGCAUCGGUGACAAACCGGAUUCUGCUAACAGCAAACACACCCAGGUCCCGGAAACUAUGGCAAACGAUUUUCACCUACUGAGAGGAACUAAUUUUCUGAACGAUAUUGCGGAUUCGAUCGAUGAUCACACAACCGUCCACACGCAAGCAUCAUGAUAUAAGGAGAACCACGAUGAAGAUCGCAACUACAGGAGAUUUGAGUUCUAGUUGUACUAUUGCAUGUUCUUAAAGGAUAAAUUGUGAUGAAAUCUCGUUUUAGCAAAUAGGAACUAAUAGAAUUUGUGGUAAAUACUGAAGUGCAGUAUGUCAUUAUGAACAUUCAAGACUGCAUGAUGAGUACGAAGAGAAUCAAACAUAUGAGCAGCAGCUUGUUAUAAUUAAACGAUAAUUAAUUGGGCUGCCAAAGCUACUCGCACAAAAAUCGUUCGUUCUGUAGCGCAACUUGAAAAAGGAUUGUUGGGUUUUGGAUUAAAUUGGACGAGCUAUGUUAUGCUAUGAUGGAUAUUAAGCUUCAAAAUAAAUCAAUUUCCUUAA